AUGUGCAGCAAGCCUGAUUCAUUGGAUAAUCUGGUAGGAUGCGAUAAUUGUUCGGCUUGGGCUCACUACGACUGUGCUGGAGUUUCCAGUUCUAUCGAGGCCACCGAUCGAUCAUGGAAAUGUAGUAAAUGCCAACCUCAAAACCCCGAUAAAACCAAGGGCACAUUGUCUCACGAGAAAGCGUCAUCCAAAGUCGGAUCGCGCAGUAGCCAACGAUCGAUCCGUGUUAAUACAGAAUUGUUAAGGCUAGAAGAAGAAAAGGCAAUGGCACUGAAAGCGUUAGAAGAAGAAGAGCAAUUCCAACAGGACCGGCGGAAAAAAUACCUGAAGAAGAAAAAGGAAAUAGCAACAGCGUAUCUCGAUCGGAAAUAUGAUGUUUUAUUGAGAGAGUCGGAAGGAAGUAGCAAAGGCGGAUCGAUCAGUGGUCAUAGUCGGGAAAAGGUAGAGAGCUGGUUGGGAAUAAACACAGCAGGACGGCGAACAGACCGGAUACCAGAAUGGGAAUUCCCUCCGAUAGUAGAAGCUUCAAAACCCCCCAUGCACGAUGAUCAAAACGUUUCGUCACAAAAUACGUACACAGCUAUAUGUAAUGACACACCUCGGGAUGCUCAACUACCAGCAUCAUCGACCUCUACGCCCCAAAGCAAUCAGCCUUUCAGCAAACAAACUGGUGUUUUAUCCCCCGGCAUUCUUGGUGGAUUGGCGACCCUGCAAAUCUCGCCCACAGAAGCCCAAAUUUAUUUAGCAUCCCGUUUGGUUCCGAGAGUGAGCGUACCGAACUCUUUCGCUUCUAAAUCUUCUGAAGUAACUACGGCUGAGUUUACAAGAAUAGGACCAACAGCCGUUCAAUAUUCCGGUCCAUCGUCAACCGUUACUACAGAAGCUUCUAAAGUAGGUCCACCAUCGAAGAGGAUUAUGGAUGAUAGGGCAAUUCUCUCGACAAUAAUAGAGGAGAGAAGCGGAUUGCAGAGUAACAACACUUCGAGUUUACUAAAUAUCUCGGCUCUGAAUGCUAUGCCGCAGGUUUCAGUACCUUCCGAAAUUAUAACACACAUUGGGAGUUCAGUACUAAAUAAUAAUCGGACGCCAUCGAAGUCGAUUCCUCAAGCUUGUAUACAUGUGCCAACGCCAUUAACUACGAUGACGACCGACUAUGUUACAGGCAACAAAGUUCCAGGAUUUAUGCCCAUGGGCCCACGACCAUUGGCUACCAAGGAGGUAGAAUAUCCGAGACUCGAGGUUCGUCAAGCGAAUGAAAAUACCUUAGGCUACCCCUACGUCACCUGUAUCCCCGUCAACCGCUCGUCACAUGCCAGCAGUCAAGUGUAUUCUUCCUUAUAUAAAUCAUCAUGUCCAAAUCCUAAUGAGGUGACCUGGAUGGUAGAUCCAAGAAACGCAGCUCCUAUUCCAAGUAGUUUUAUUAAUCCAGCUGGUCCUAAUAUUCCCUUUGACCUCAACUGCCAGGUCGAUGAGGUUGGCACGAAUACACAACAAUUGCACGAAUCUUUCGAAUGCCCUGUCCCAGUAGAAGUAGAAAAAAGGAACAAUCAAUCAAAAGGCUUUACUCCAAACCUUGCACAGAAAGAAGGAAUCUUCGAACCAUCUAAAGGACAGCUGGCGGCUCGACAGGUUAUGGCCAAGGACUUGCCGAAUUUCUCGGGCAACCCCCAGGAGUGGCCAUUGUUUUUUGUCACAUUUCGAAACACUACAGUAUCUUGUGGGUUUAAUGACGCCGAAAAUCUAGCCAGACUCCAGCGAUGUUUAACGGGAGAGGCUCGUGAAGCCGUCAGCAGCAGUUUACUAAGUCCGGAUUUGGUCCCAGAAAUUAUUGAAACCUUACACAUGCUGUAUGGUAAGCCAGAAAUUCUUUUACACUCAAUAAUUCAAAAACUUCGUGCCACCCCACCUCCAAAAGAAGAUAACCUCCGGUCCAUAAUUAACUUUGGAUUGGCAGUAAAAAACACAGUAAAUCAUAUGUCUGCAGCUUCGUUAGAUGACUAUUUAUCAGACCCAAUGCUGCUUCAGGAGAUGGUCCAAAAACUACCGACACAAAUGAUGAUUGAAUGGUCGCGGUUUAAAAGAAAAGUACCAGGCGCUAACCUCCGUACAUUCAGCACUUAUAUGUCAGAUUUAGUAUCGGUUUCUGCAGAUGUUGUUAUUCCAGAAGUAGGAAAACCUAACAAAAGUAAUCGACAGAAGCUCUACUAUCACCAUGAACAAGAGAUGGAAGGGGAAAAGCAAAAUAAGCCACAGGAUUAUAUUAAAAGGACAUGUGGCUAUUGCUCCGACACCGGACAUAGAAUAUAUCAAUGCGAACAAUUCAAAGCGUUAGACAUAGAUGGACGAUGGAAGGCGAUAAAAGAAAGACAACUUUGUCGCAUCUGUCUUGCGUUUCAUAAAAGAUGGCCUUGUCGUUCGAAUAAGGAUUGCGGUACCGACGGUUGUAGAUCCCGACAUCAUCAUCUAUUACAUGACCCAGCAAAAAUGUCAAAUCGGAAUACUGAAUCACAGGAACAAGUUGAACAUCACAACCAUCACUAUACCACUUCUUCCUCCUUGUUUCGGUACCUUCCUGUAGUGUUGGAAGGGAAUGAUAAACGGGUUGAAAUAUUCGCUUUCUUAGACGAUGGUUCCACCGCAACGUUUUUGGAGACUUCAGUAGCUAAAGAACUCGGAAUUCGCGGUCCAGAAGAUUCUUUAUCCAUAAGCUGGACCGGAAACAUUUCACGAGAGGAAAAGGGAUCUCAACGCAUAUCGUUAUCCAUAGGAGGAACGCAACUAAAAUCACGAUUCAUAUUGAAUAAUGUCAGAACCGUACAGCAACUCAAACUACCACGGCAGUCCUUCCAAUAUGAAGAAAUGAAAAGAACAUACCCACAUUUGAGAGGAUUACCGAUACAAAGUUACGUAGACGCUGUACCCAAGAUGAUAGUCGGUUUAGAACACGUCAAAAUUCUAGCACCGUUAAAAAUCCGCGAAGGUCGUGGCAGUGAUCCUGUAGCCUCUAAAACACGUUUGGGAUGGUGUGUGUAUGGGAAACAGGCAGCCGAAUUCAGCACAGUAGAACGGCUAAACGUGCAUAAGAUAAAUGAUAUUAGUAAUGAGGAAUUACACCGUCAAAUAGGACAAUUUUUUGAGAGCGAAGCUGUGAACACAUCCCGUACCCUGGAAUCCGAAUCCGACAAACGCGCAAUGCAAAUAUUGAAAAAAUCAACCAAGAGGAUAGGUGACCGGUUUGAAACGAGUUUGCUAUGGAGAUAUGAUUUUCCUUGUUUUCCCGAAAGCCAUUACAUGGCAAAGAAGAGAUUGUUGGGUCUAGAAAGACGCCUAUCUAAAGAUCCACAGUUGAAACAAAUCGUUCAAGAUCAAGUAAAUGAUUAUGUCCAGAAAGGAUACGCCCACAUUGCAACUGACGAUGAGUUAAAGUAUACAGAUCCUGAAAAAGUCUGGUACCUACCUCUUGGAGUUGUCAGAAACCCGAAAAAGCCUGAAAAGGUCCGUUUGAUCUGGGAUGCUUCAGCAAAGGUUAAUGGGGUCUGCUUCAAUGACAUGCUACUCAAAGGACCGGCUAUGUUGACAUCUUUACACACCAUCUUGUUACGUUUUAGACAGCGGAAUAUUGGAGUCUCGGGAGACAUCAAAGAGAUGUUUCACCAAGUGAGGAUCAGAGCGGCUGAUAAACAAUCUCAAAGAUUCCUGUUUCGUCACGACACAAACGAUAGUCCACAAGUUUACGUCAUGGACGUCGCAACCUUCGGGGCAACGUGCUCACCGUGCAUGGCGCAGUAUGUCAAAAAUCAUAACGCAGAAGAGCAUGCCUCACGGUACCCCGACGCCGUAAAAGCCAUCAUCGACUUACACUACGUCGACGACUACCUUGAAUCAUUAGACACACCAGAGGAAGCAGUUAGACGAGUGAAUGAGAUAAGGUACAUACAUCGCAAAGGCGGAUUCGAGAUCAGAAACUUUCUGUCCAACUCUUCCGACGUUCUUCGACAACUGGGUGUACAACAACAUUCAUCCGACAAAUCUCUGAACCUUGAACCUGGGGUGGAUAACACUGAAAAAACUGAGCGUGUGUUGGGGAUGCUUUGGAAGCCGACAGAAGACGUUUUUUCCUUCAACACGAUGGUUUACGACGAAAUUCAGAAUGAUGACUAUCAGCGUUCACCGACAAAACGUCAGGUUCUGAGAACCAUCAUGCGCCUCUUCGACCCGUUAGGUUUGGUAGCACAUUACAUAGUGCAUGGAAAAAUUCUCAUGCAAGAAAUAUGGAAAUUUGGAUCAAGUUGGGAUGAAGAAAUUCCAGUCGAACUGUUGGAUAAAUGGAACAGAUGGAGUCGAUUGCUAAAAAACCUGAACACAGUGCAAGUUCCCCGAUGCUUUUUCAGUGGUAUCAAUUCCGAUAGCCUUGAAGACCUACAACUACACGUAUUUGUAGACGCAAGUGAAGCAGCGUAUGCAGCCGUAGCAUACCUCCGAGCUAUAAUUGAUGGCGAAUAUUUCGUCUCGUUUGUAACAGCAAAAACUAAAGUAGCUCCAUUAAAACCUUUAUCCAUCCCUCGAUUAGAGCUCCAAGCCGGCGUUCUGGGAAGUCGAAUCGCUCAAUACAUCUGUUCUUCAUUGAAUUUAGCAAUAAAAAAACGAGUACUGUGGUCGGAUUCAAUGACGGUACUGGCAUGGCUUAGAUCGGAUAGCAGACGUUUUCACCAAUAUGUAGCAGUUCGAGUAGGCGAAAUCCUGACAUGUACAACCGUGGACGAAUGGCGCUAUGUACCAUCGAAACACAACGUAGCGGAUGAGGCAACAAAAUGGGGAAUAGGUCCUAGUUUCUCCUAUCAGAACCGGUGGUUCACUGGUCCAGAGUUCCUAAAACAACACGAAUCUGCUUGGCCAGCAUCCUCUAAUCCAACCAAUAAUACCGAAGAAGAACUUCGGGCGAUAUUUCUAUACCACGGCGUAGUACCGCAGUCUCUAUUCGAUCUUAUGGCGUUUUCGCAGUGGAGACCGUUACUUCGACGAGCAGCUUAUUUUAUGCGAGUAGUAAAUAGAUUCCACAAAAAGCAUCAAUCAGGACCUUUGACAUCGGAGGAAUUCAAAGCAGCAGAAAAUCUUCUUUGGCGCCAGGCGCAAAUUGAUGCGUAUCCAAACGAAUAUUCGGCCCUCGAGGAGAGUCGAGAAACCAACAGCCCAAUUGAAAUUGCAAAAACAAGCCCGCUUUACAAGCUCUCACCGUACCUGGACGAAUAUGGGGUAAUAAGGAUGAACAGCAGAAUUGGGGCGGCUCCCAUUACCCAAUUUGAAGCUAAGUAUCCAAUCAUUCUGCCACAACAACACCGUAUCACUAAACUUAUUAUCGACAGCUACCACCGACGUUACUUGCAUGGGAAUCAUGAGACGAUAGUCAACGAGAUGCGUCAAAAGUUUUACAUUAGUGGACUUCGAGCCCAGGUCAGAAAAGUAAGCGCUGAGUGUCAAACUUGCAUUAUUGAAAAAGCUAAACCCCGCCCUCCGAUGAUGGCUCCACUUCCACCGGCUCGCCUUACUCCAUUUGUCAAACCUUUCACCUUUGUUGGCGUGGAUUAUUUCGGGCCGAUUCUCGUGAAACAAGGUCGCAGCCUGGUGAAACGUUGGGUGGCACUGUUCACAUGUCUCACGGUCCGAGCAGUGCACCUCGAAAUAGCACACAGCUUGACGACGAGUUCAUGCAUCAUGGCCUUUCGUCGUUUUAUCGCGCGCAGAGGAUCGCCUGCAGAAAUUUUUUCUGACAAUGGCACUAAUUUCCAGGGAGCAAAAAAUAUUCUUAUGGACCAGUUACAACAAAUCCAUCAAGUCUGCGCAGUAACGUUUACAAACUCCAACACGCGAUGGAAUUUCAAUCCACCGGCCGCUCCUCACAUGGGUGGUUCGUGGGAACGCCUGGUCCGUUCAAUCAAACUGGCUAUGGAGGGAAUUUCGAAGCAUCCACGAAAUCCAUGUGACGAGGUAUUAGAAACAGUAGCGUUGGAAGCGGAGGCAAUAGUCAAUUCCAGGCCUCUCACGUAUAUACCUCUUGAGACAGAAAACUCUGAAGCGCUCACUCCCAACCAUUUUUUGUUGUAUGGCGAACGUGGCAUUACCCAACCGAUACGUUUAGUGGAACCAGAAGGAACAGUCCUCAGGGAUAGUUGGAAGCUGGCUCGCAAUUUGGUCGAUAUGUUCUGGAAUCGAUGGAUUCGGGAAUAUUUACCUACAAUUACCCGAAGGACAAAAUGGUUUACGCCGGUGAGACCUUUAAAGUCGGGAGACCUUGUACUUGUGGUAGAUGAGAACAAACGAAAUGGAUGGAUUCGAGGUCGUAUUUUGAGCGUCGUCAAAGCCGGUGAUGGACAGGUGCGGAAGGCGUAUGUGAAAACAAUUAACGGUGAAAGUCUUAAACCAGUGGUGAAGUUGGCGUUACUUGAUGUUAAGACUACAGAAGGCAUUUCAUCCGUCGGAAAUCCACGGGAGGGGGAAUGUUCGCGUGGCUCACCGUGUAUGGCUACCGUAAACGAUGUGUCAGAUUUAGGUGGAAUUUACGACGAUUUGGAAACCUACUCUAAGCAAAAGAAAGAGCUGUCCUAG